CCGGGAGCCAGCGCUUCCGGGAGGAGGAGCUAAUAUCUGGGUACAGGGGGCGGGUUCAACAGAGACUGAUCGGACAACAGGCACAGUAGCUACAAGACACUCCUGGGACUGCUGGGGCACUAGAUCGGCAAGUAAAGCAGAAACCUGCUCAGAUGCUCACCUGUUCUUUCAGGUUGAACCACUGCUGCAUUACUCGAUAGAUUUCUUUUCUGUGGCCAGCUGACAUGAUUCAGAAUCCAGACUUUAGACAGGGAGACCAUGGAAAAACAGCACACAGGAUUGUCGGCCUCUAAACCAAAGCUGCAUAUGCUGUGGCCAUUCACCUCUGUGAAAUGGUUUCAACUACUGUACUCCUUCACUUGGCUCAUUGGCUCCAGCACAGGCAUGGACCCCAGCAAUGCUGUGUGCCAGAGAAGUAGUGUUCACUUUGGGUUUGGCUUUAGAACUAUGAAUUCUCAUUUCCUACAACUAGUAGCUGGCCCCCAAACUUUGCAUUCAUGCCAAGCCUCUUGCUGUCAAACCCCACUCUGUGAUGCCUUUUGGCUCCACAAGAAAUCUUGCAUGCUCACAACCUGCAGGACUCUACAAGAAUGCAAUGCAGCCAAAACUGACUCUGAAGGCUCCCUUGUGUUCAUAAAGAGGUCAGAAUCGACUCUGUUUCACCUAAGGCAACAGUUAGUUGGCCAUAAAAACGUGCAGGACUGGAUGAAGUGGACACCUGCAACAGCAAAAGUUUUCAGCAGAAGAAGACGGAGCAAAGGACCUCUGCAAAGGGUUAAAAGGGAAAGAGCUAAGUUGGGGGCUGGCAAAAGUGGAGAUAAUGAAGGAGUUCUGGUAAUCCCGACUGCUGUAACCACCCACAAGGAAACCCCUGAGGUUGAAAAACCUACUCAGCUACCCAACACACCGUCUUUAAGCCACCCAAUCACAGGACAACCUUCUUUGGUUUUUAGUGAUAAUGUCACUGGUGCAUUACCUGAAGAUCCAGUGGCUACUGGGCACGACAUAUCCAACAGUAUUGUCACCAUUAUUCCUAAUGUAAUAUCCGGCAAUUCAAGCACACAGCCAACCACGCAACCUACCAGCACUCCUGCAGCAGUCACAAACAAGUUGGUUGUAUCUGCUGGAGAUAGUGUGGAGGUCACACUACCAAAAAAUGAAGUUCAGCUGAAUGCCUUUGUUGUCCCUGAACCACCAGAAGGGAAAACAUACACAUACGACUGGAGAUUGAUAACCCAUCCAACUGAUUACAGUGGUGAGAUGGAGGGAAAGCAUUCCCAAGAAUUAAAGCUGUCAAAGCUCACUGCUGGCCUGUAUGAGUUCAAGGUUAUUGUGAAGGGAGAAAAUGCACAUGGGGAGGGAUUUGUAAAUGUCACCGUUAACCCAAAACCACGAGUGAACCAGCCUCCAACGGCCAUUGUGUCUCCACGUUACCAAGAAAUCUCCUUGCCAACUACUUCCACAUUUAUAGAUGGCAGCCAAAGUACAGAUGAUGAAAAAAUUGUUAGCUACUACUGGGAAGAGCUGAAGGGUCCACUGAGAGAAGAAAAAGUAACAGCAGAAACUCCAGUAUUAAAACUUAGCAACUUGGUUCCCGGGAACUACACCUUCCGCCUGACUGUCACAGAUUCAGAUGGAGCCCAGAAUUCUACCACUGCGAACCUUACUGUUAGCAAAGCUGUAGAUUACCCUCCUGUAGCCAAUGCCGGGGCCAACCAGGUCAUCACCCUUCCCAAAAAUUCCAUAGUGCUCUUUGGUAAUCUUAGCACUGACGACCAUGGCAUUGUCAGCUAUGAAUGGUCACUGAGUCCCAGCAGCAAAGGAAAUGUUAUGGAAAUGCAGGGAGUCAGGACAGCAAAUUUGCAGUUAUCUGCUUUACAGGAGGGAGACUAUACUUUCCACCUGACAGUUACUGAUUCUGCAGGACAACAGUCGACCAGUGAAGUGACAGUAAUCGUACAGCCAGAGAACAACAAACCCCCAGAGGCAGAUGCAGGACCAGACAAAGAGCUCACUCUCCCUGUAGAUAGCACAACCUUAGAUGGAAGCAGGAGCACGGAUGAUCAAGGGAUCUCUUCUUACCUUUGGGAGAAAACAAAGGGUCCUGAUGGAGUGAAAAUCACCAAUUCCAACAGCAGCACCGCAACUGUGAGUGGCCUGCAGGUUGGAACCUACGAGUUCACACUGACUGUAAAAGACGAGAGGGAUUUACAGAGCCAGAGCACCGUAAGCGUCAUUGUGAGGGAGGAGAUCAACAAGCCGCCUGUUGCCAAAAUUGCAGGAAAUGUGGUUAUUACUCUCCCAAGUAACACAGCAGAGUUGGAUGGCACAAAGUCCUUUGAUGACAAGGGGAUUGUAAGCUACCAGUGGGAGCGGGAUGAAGGGAGUCCAGCAGCUGGGGAAGUUCUUAAUGGAUCUGAUUGUCACUCAGUGCUGUUCCUCUCUAAUCUGGUUGAAGGAAUCUACUCUUUUCACUUGAAAGUAACAGAUGCCAAAGGAGAAACUGACAGUGAUAGGGCAACUGUGGAGGUGAAACCUGACCCCAUGAAAAACAACCUGGUAGAGAUGAUUCUGGAUGUCAAUGUCAGUCACCUGACAGAGAGGCAAAAGGGGAUGUUCAUGAGGCAGAUUGGGGUUCUGCUAGGUGUGCUUGAUUCAGAUAUUAUCGUACAAAAGAUCCAACAGUACACAGAGCAAAGCACUAAGGUGGUGUUCUAUGUGCAGAAUCAGCCCCCUCAUCAGACACUGAAGGGAUACCAGGUAGCCUCGACACUCAGGAAUGAACUACACAAACAACAAAGUGAUUUCCUCAUCUUCAAAGCUAUGGAAAUUGACACAUUUACUUGCCAGCUUAAUUGUUCCUUCCAUGGUCACUGCAACUCUCUGACCAAGCGCUGUAUCUGUGACCCAUUUUGGAUGGAGAACUUAAUUCGCCGACAGUUUGGCGAUGGAGAAAGUAAUUGUGACUGGAGUGUUCUUUAUGUCAUCAUCUCAAGCUUUGUUUUCGUUGUGGCUCUCGGACUGCUAAUCUGGUGCACAAUUUGUUGUUGCAGAAAGAAAAAAGGUAAACCCAAACGCAAGAGCAGAUAUAAGAUUCUAGAAGGCACUGAUGACCAAGAUCAUAUGGAACUGAAGCCCAACCUUAAACCAGGAGUGAAGCUGAAAGUUCCUACACAGAAUACCAGCCUGAUGCACUCUGAAUCAGAGAUAGACAGUGAUGAGAACACCUACACAUGGUCAGAUAGGGAAAAAGGCAAGCUACUGCGACCCCAGAAUGGCUCUUUGCGUAAUGGACAAGCCCAUCACAAGAUAAAAACCCAGAGAGAGGAAGUUUUAUAGCUGGGAGACACCUUGCCGGCACAUGCAAAGGAAUGCCCAACUAUCUUGGGGUCAUGAGCAGAUGCCAACUCUCAAAAUCACACUUUCUACUCUUGAAGCUGCUAACUUGAACUGCUUUUAAACAGAUUGAUAUUUUAUUAGCUCAUCAUCACUCCAUAGUUCUUGUAGGAGCUAUGUAACUGGACAUACUUGAACUGGAAUUUUAAAAUGGGAAAGCUAGAUUAUUUUUUUUAAGAAACUAAUUUAAUUGCGUUUUUUUUUUCCUUCACAUAAUCCUGGGUCUGAAUCUCAGGAAUGAGCCACUUUUUUAGGAAAAAAAAAUGUGUGUCCCCCUGAACUGCACUACCCCCCUACCCCUAGCUUUGAAGGCUAAAAUGUGAAAGGCGCUGGGCAUCCUCUCCAGCUCUCAGAUUGCUAUGGCUCUGUCUGGAAAGCCUGAGCCCGCAUCGGUUUGGCUUCUAAUCUCAAAAGAUAGAGAUGUUUGGCUUCUGGUUUUUAACCAAAAUAAAACAAAACAACAAGAUAUCAGAAGCUGCUAUUGUAUGAAUAAGAAACGCUGAUAACAAGAGAGAUUGCAGAUCACUGGAUUCAGUAAAAGAAUAAAAAUCAAAAGUUCUGUUUUGUGUUUAAUAAAGUCCAACACUGUACUAGA